UAGGUUGUGCUAAAGUGAGUAAAUCUUGCGUGCUUUGAGCGCGUCUGUAUAAAGGGGAUAAAUAAAACGCAACGUUUUUGAGAGUGUGUUUGCAGUGAGCUGGCUGUGAUUUCAGGUUCUCUGUACCUCUCUCUCCACUCACCCCCACACCCUAUCCUCCAAUGUCACCCAACCACCCCUGGAGACUGCCCUCACUCGAACUGAUGGAGUGGCGCCUGUGAAUUGCUACAAACGACAGAGAGAGAGAGAGAGAGAGAAUACAGCACGGUAGAGCUCAGUGCACUUUAAAAUCCACUCAGUCAGUGGCUCACGCCUCCUUAUCACUUCCGUGUCAGGGGAUUUUAGAAGCAGUCUACCAGUCGCAGGCUCAGCUUUUUCUGACUCCUCACGAAUUUCACCCCCCCUCCCCAUUAAGUCUUUCUGAUCUACCUCUCCUUCUAAAACCUACCCUCAUCCUCUCUUCCCUCACCCACCCCAGCAAGCAAAAAAAACAAGACAGCGUUUGCAGCCCCUUCCACCUUUGCUUGGGAGACCAGACAGAUUCCAAUGGCUGAGGGUAGGAGGAUCUGGGAUAAGGAGGAUGACUUGCCGGUCUAUCUGGCCCGGCCGGGUACAUCAGCUCAGAUCCCCCGGCAGAAAUACGGGGGGAUGUUCUGCUCGGUGGAAGGAGCGUACGAGAGCAAGACCUUAGAUUUCGACGCCUUGAGUGUUGGCCGCCGGAGUUCGCGGAGCGCCAGCGGCGCUAGCAAAAGUCAGGGGUCCCGGGACAACGCCGAGACUGCAGGCGACGCGAUCAGGGAGAGCCCGCAGGCGACCGAGAGGGGACCCGGGGUCCAAAUCAUCACGUCGAACGACAAAGAGAGGCUUCAGAACCAGAGUGACCCGCAGAGUGACCGAUUGCUGAUCAAGGGAGGCCGUGUUGUCAACGAUGACCAGUCUUUUUAUGCUGAUCUCUACAUGGAAGAUGGUCUCAUCAAACAAAUCGGUGACAAUCUGAUUGUCCCUGGAGGUGUGAAGAUCAUCGAGGCUCAUGGAAAGAUGGUUAUCCCCGGCGGGAUUGAUGUGCACACUCGAUUCCAGAUGCCCUACAAGGGGACCACCACCGCUGAUGAUUUUCUUCAGGGAACAAAGGCAGCUUUGGCAGGUGGCACCACGAUGAUAAUUGACCACGUGGUUCCUGAGCCUGAAAGCAGUGUCCUCGGUGCCUAUGAGAAAUGGCGGGAGUGGGCGGACAGCAAAUCGUGCUGCGAUUACGCACUGCACGUGGAUAUCACCGACUGGAAUGAGGGUGUGAAAGAAGAACUCCAGACUCUUGUGAAAGAGAAAGGUGUGAACUCCUUCCUUGUCUACAUGGCUUACAAAGAUUUAUAUCAGAUGUCCAAUGCUGAGCUCUAUGAUAUCUGCAAGUACAUGGGAGACCUUGGAGGGAUAAUGCAAGUCCACGCGGAGAAUGGAGAUAUCAUUGCCCAGGAACAGAAACGCUUGCUGGAGAUGGGGAUCAGCGGUCCAGAGGGCCACGUACUCAGUCGACCAGAGGAGUUGGAGGCAGAAGCUGUAUUCCGUGCUAUCACAAUCGCUGGUCAGACCAACUGUCCUCUCUAUGUCACAAAAGUAAUGAGUAAGGCUGCAGCAGACAUAAUAGCCCAAGCCAAGAAAAAAGGUAACGUGGUGUUUGGAGAGCCUAUCACUGCCAGUCUCGGCACGGAUGGCACGCAUUACUGGAGCAAAAACUGGGCCAAAGCUGCUGCUUUUGUGACUUCACCACCUCUCAGUCCGGACCCCACCACCCCUGACCACCUGAUCUCACUCUUAGCGAGUGGUGACUUGCAAGUAGCAGGAAGUGCCCACUGCACAUUUAGCACAGCACAGAAGGCGAUCGGAAAGGAUGAUUUCACUCAGAUUCCUGAGGGCACGAAUGGGGCAGAGGAGCGGAUGUCCAUCGUCUGGGACAAAGCAGUGGCAACCGGUAAAAUGGACGAGAACAUGUUUGUGGCCGUGACAAGCACCAAUGCCGCCAAAAUCUUCAACCUGUACCCGCGGAAAGGCAGAGUGGCUGUGGGCUCCGACAGCGACUUGGUCAUCUGGGAUCCAGACGCAGUGAAGACAGUGUCUGCCAAAACCCACCAAUCGCUUCAUAAACCAGGGCUCUCGAACCGUUAGGAGAGACUGGUGCUG